AUGUUUAACAAUGACCUGCGAGACCCUAGCCACUGGGCAGCUCAGUUUCCCAGCUGUGGAGGAUUACGCCAAUCACCAAUUAAUAUUGUCACCAGCCAAGUGCACGUUGACAGUGCCCUGCAACCGUUCGACUUCAUCGGUCACACCAACACAUUCAACAUUACAGUGGAAAACAAAGGACACUCUGCUCACUUUGCUUUGCCGCAGUCAGUCCGACUGACUGGAGGAGCUCUGCCUGGUCACUACAGAGCUGCCCAGUUUCACUUCCACUGGGGAGGCAAUGGGAGACCAGGAUCAGAGCACACCAUUGACGGGGAGAGGUUCCCCAUGGAGCUACAUAUAGUUCACAUCAAGGAGCCGUACAGCUCUCUGGCAGAGGCAAAACAUGACAUGGCGGGUAUAGCUCUGCUUGCCUUCUUGUUUGAGGAAACAACAGAUGAUCAUCCUCAUUUGGACACAGUAAUAAAUGCUUUGGGCCGAGUACAAAACAAUGGCAACAGCACAGUGAUCCCAAACUUUCGUCUCAGUGACAUAAUCCCAUCAGCGGAGGAGCUCCACAGUUAUUACCGCUAUGUGGGCUCCAUGACAACUCCAGGAUGUGAACAGGCAGUCGCCUGGACGAUGUUUCACAAGACCCUGUCCAUCAGCAGUCGACAGCUGGAUGCAAUAGCUCAGCAGUGUCGAUUCUGGACAGGACAGCCUAUGACUGACAUCUUCAGACCUACGCAGCCUCUGGAUGGCAGAGUUGUGUACCGGUCCAAGGCGAGUGCAGCUCUGAAGAGUGUGAUCCACUUGUGGUUUGGUGUUUUCUCAGUUGUGCUCGGGACAGCGGGUCUCAUACACUGACUCAGAAGACACCUGAUUUAAGUGACAAAAUCUAGUACUGUAGAAUCAGAAGUAGAAUCAGAAGGAGCUUAACUGCCAAGUAGUGUUUUACACAUAUGAGGAAUUUGCUGUGGUGAUAAGGUGCUACACGUAGACAAACAUAUAGUCAACAUAAAUAAAUG